AUGGCUAUUGCUUGGUCCGCGGUUAUACGACGCCACUUCUCUGUAUCAGCGCCCUCCGCGCCUCGCGCCGCUGCCCUCCGCCUCUCCGCGGCCAGCGCGGCGCCCGCUGAGCGGAAUUUGCACGAGCGACGCGCCUCGCGACUCGGUUCAGUCACUUCAGUGUACGUUAGACCGUUCGCGGCCGAGGACGAACUGCCGCGCCGCGCGCACUACUCUGCUUAUUACGCAGUAAAAACUAUCGCUAACCGCGUGGACUGUAAUAAAACAACUUUGUGUGGCCUCUCACUCUAA